GAGGCGGUGAUGGAGCGGCGAGACUGGGGGUGGGAGAGGACCGAAGUCCCAGGCUGGGCGAUGGGUUCUGGGCACCUUUGUGCCUAGGGGCGCGCGGCGGCGGCUGCGGCUGCGGCUGCGCGGGGCGCACCGGGGCUCCUGUAAGCAUCCUGGGACGGGCGCCAUGGGGGAUCAGAAGGAAGCACUGAAGAAGAUCAUCACAACUCUGGCAGUGAAGAAUGAAGAGAUACAGAACUUCAUUUAUGCUCUGAAACAGAUGCUGCUGAAUGUGGAGGCCAACUCCAACAAGGUCCAAGAGGACUUGGAGAUCGAGUUCCAGUCACUGUUCUCCCUGCUGGAUGAGCUGAAGGAGGGCAUGUUGAUGAAGAUCAAACAGGACCGAGCUAGCCGAAUCUAUGAACUCCAGAACCAGCUGGCAGCCUGCACCAAGGCUCUGGAGAGCUCUGAGGAACUUCUGGAAACAGCCAACCAGACGCUGCAGGGAGCAGACAACCAGGAUUUCCUGCAGGCUGCCAAACAGAUAAAGGACAGUGUGACCAUGGCCCCAGCAUUCCGGCUCUCCCUGAAAGCGAAGGUCAGCGACAACAUGAGCCACCUCAUGGUGGACUUUGCCCAGGAGCGGCGCAUCUUGCAGGCCCUAAAGUUCCUACCAGUGCCUAGUGCCCCAGAGAUUGACCUCGGAGAGUCCCUGGUGGCAGAUAACUGUGUGACGCUGGUGUGGCGGAUGCCAGAUGAGGACAGCAAGAUUGACCACUACGUGCUAGAAUAUCGGCGCACCAACUUUGAGGGCCCGCCUCGGCUCAAGGAAGACCAGCCCUGGAUGGUGAUUGAGGGCAUCAGGCAGACUGAAUACACUCUAACUGGUCUGAAGUUUGACAUGAAAUACAUGAACUUUCGAGUAAGAGCAUGCAACAAGGCAGUGGCUGGAGAGUUCUCAGAACCUGUCACACUAGAAACCACAGCUUUCAUGUUCCGGUUGGAUGCCAUGACAUGCCACCAGAACUUGCGGGUGGAAGAAUUAUCGGUGGAAUGGGACGCCAUGGGAGGGAAAGUUCAGGACAUCAAGGCUCGAGAGAAAGACAGCAAAGGUCGAACUGCCUCUCCUGUCAACUCUCCAGCCAGAUGUGCCCAGUCUCCCAAGAGGAUGCCGUCUGGGAGGGGAGGCCGGGACCGAUUCACGGCCGAGUCCUACACCGUGCUGGGAGACACCCUCAUCGAUGGUGGUGAGCAUUACUGGGAGGUACGCUAUGACCGAGACAGCAAGGCCUUUGCAGUAGGUGUUGCCUACCGCAGCCUGGGCCGAUUUGACCAGCUGGGCAAGACGCCAGCCUCCUGGUGCCUGCACCUGAACAACUGGCUGCAGGUCAGCUUUACAGCCAAGCAUAAUAACAAGGCCCGGACGUUGGAUGUGCCCCUGCCGGACUGCAUUGGGGUCCACUGCGACUUCCACAAAGGGGUCCUGUCCUUCUACAAUGCCCGAACCAAGCAGCUGCUUCACACUUUCAAGGCCAAAUUCAGCCAGCCACUGUUGCCGGCCUUCAUGGUGUGGUGUGGAAGCUUCCAGGUGUCCUCCGGCCUUCAGGUGCCCAGCGCGGUGCGGUGCCUGCAGAAGCGGAACAGUGCCACCAGUAGCUCCAAUGCCAGCCUUACCUAGCCUGUCCUACCCCAGGCUGCUGCUCCUGCCCGUCCAUGACCACCUCGGGCUUGAAAAGGGCUGACCUCUGCCCUGAGCCUCAGGGUGUCUGUUGGGCUAUGACCUCAGAGAGUGGACUUGCUGGCUGCUCUGCUCUCCCCGGCCCCUCCCCCCAAUCCCCAUCUGAAGGUGAUGUGAAGCCCACAGCAGCCUCUGAGCCCUGGAAGGGGCAGUCCCCAGGGUGGCUCUGGCAGUCCCCUCCCUUCAGUUACCUCUUCUCACAACAAAUGCUGCUUUGGGCCUUAACACUAGACUGGGAGUCCAGAACUAGGGCUUGGGAGAGCAGGCUAGGGCUGGAUUCAUUCUGCUUCUCUUCCCUCCUACUCUCAUCCCCCAAUUAAAAAGAAACACACCUGGCUGG